AUGGCCAAGAACAAUUUUAAAUGUCAGAAGUCCAGGAAUGUAUUUCACAUAGCCAGCGAAAAAGACUUCAAGGCAAAAAACAAAGCAAAACCAGUUACUAUAAAUCUUAAGAAGAUAAACAUGCGGCAUCUUGAAAAUGAACUUAUUAACGUUGAUGAAGCUACAAGAUUAAUGGCUCAGUUGUAA